AAAUUGCAGAAGGAAGAUAAGACAGGAUAGGUUGAUCAUGAAGAGGGUACUUCUGGUUCUGUUUUUCCUGGGACUGGUAUUGUUGCAUUGUCAAGCUGAUGCCAGAAGGUUUUUAUUGGGGGUGGAGACACAGAAAACAGGUAAUCAGGUUGUAUCUGAUGAUGAACCUGGAAAGUCAGGAACUGAUGAGAAACCGGCCACUGCUUUAGGUCCAACAGUUGGAGCAAAAAGUGACGAUGGAAGCAGCAAUGAAGAUGAGAGCAACAAUAGCUAUGGAACCUAUGGAAAUCCAUCUGGAUCAUCUACUGAGAACCACCAUCACUACACAAGUGACCACCCACCAGUAAAAGGGAAUUAGUCUGUUAUGAAGAAAAUGGUUUGUGUAUAUGUGUACUGAUUUGAUAAUAGUGUGGAACUGAUGGAUCUGGGGUGUGAUAUCGGCUGCUUAGUUGUCUAUUCCAAUUCCAGACAACUAAGUACAUUUAUGGUAUCAGAUUGUUAUGUACUGUGCAACUUUGUGUGCUAUAUUCUGUCAUGGUUUUCGGCCUCUAGGCCAAUUGCAUAUUGUGCUGAACAAUAUCAGUACUUGUAAUAAA